GAUUUCAGCAUCGACAGUCAACAGUCAGCACUCAGAUCACUAAGCAGAUCAAUAAGCAGCAGAUCAACUAAGCAAGAUGAGCAAACUAGUUUUCCUAAUUGUGGUGGCCAUUGGCGUUCUUGGUGUUUUUGCGGCGGCGAUGCCUCAGCGUCCGCUGACCCAACCACUGAUCUACUAUCCCCCACCACCGACGCCACCUAGAAUCUAUAGGACGCGUCGUCAGGUGUUGGGUGGCUCAGUGGCCUCCAAUCCCAAUGGAGGAGCAGAUGCCCGACUGGAUCUAACCAAGGCGAUAGGCACUCCGGAGCACAAUGUGAUUGGACAGGUGUUUGCUGCCGGCAACACUCAAACCAAGCCGGUCUCCACUCCCGUAACCAGUGGUGCUACAUUGGCCUACAAUAACAAUGGCCACGGCAUUGACCUGACAAAGACGCAUACGCCCGGAGUGCGAGACAGCUUCCAGCAGACGGCCACCGCCAAUCUGUUCAACGACGGAGUCCACAAUCUGGAUGCAAAGGCCUUCGCCUCGCAGAACCAAUUGGCCAACGGACUGAAGUUCGACCGCAAUGGAGCUGCCCUGGACUACUCGCACAUCAAUGGGCACGGUGCCACGCUAACGCACUCCAACAUUCCCGGUCUGGGCAAGCAGCUGGAGCUGGCAGGACGGGCCAAUCUCUGGCAGUCACAGGAUCGCAGCACGAGGAUCGAUCUCGGCAGCACGGCCUCCCAGUGGCUGAGUGGACCCCUCCAGGGGCAACGCGAUCUGGGCGCUAAUCUGGGUCUCUCGCAUUACUUUGGUUGAAAAUUGAAACUAAGAAGAUAGCAAAGGCAGCAAAUGUCCUAAGAAAACAUCAGGCUCUUAAUCUUUUUUGGAAUAUUUUUGUAU